AUGCUGGUGCACACUUACUCCGCCAUGGAGCGCCCCGACGGGCUGGGCGCAGCGGCUGGGGGCGCCCGCCUGUCGUCUCUGCCCCAGGCGGCCUACGGGACGGCGCCACCGCUCUGCCACACGCCGGCCGCCGCCGCCGACUUCCAGCCGCCCUACUUCCCGCCGCCCUACCCGCAGCCGCCACUGCCCUACGGCCAGGCGCCCGACGCCGCCGCCGCCUUUCCCCACCUGGCCGGGGACCCGUACGGCGGCCUGGCGCCCCUGGCACAGCCGCAGCCCCCACAGGCCGACGGCGCGCACGGCCUGGCGGACGCGCCCCUCGGCCUCCCCGGGCUGGCGGCGCCGCCCGGCCUGGAGGACCUGCAGGCCAUGGAUGAGUCCGGAAUGAGUUUCCUGGAUCAGUCUGUGAUCAAGAAAGUCCCCAUCCCCUCCAAAGCCAGCAGCCUCUCGGCCCUCUCACUGGCCAAAGACAGCCUGGUUGGCGGCAUCACGAACCCCAGUGAGGUCUUCUGCUCCGUGCCAGGCCGGCUCUCGCUGCUCAGCUCAACAUCCAAGUACAAGGUGACGGUGGGGGAGGUCCAGCGGCGACUCUCUCCUCCCGAGUGCCUCAACGCCUCCCUCCUGGGUGGUGUCCUUCGCAGGGCCAAGUCCAAGAAUGGGGGCCGGUGCCUGCGGGAACGGCUGGAGAAGAUUGGGCUCAACUUGCCGGCCGGCCGUCGCAAGGCUGCCAAUGUGACACUGCUGACUUCACUGGUGGAGGGAGAGGCUGUGCACCUGGCCCGAGACUUUGGCUACGUCUGUGAGACCGAGUUCCCAGCCAAGGCAGCUGCCGAGUACCUGUGCCGACAGCACUCUGACCCUGGGGAACUGCACAGCCGCAAGAGCAUGCUGCUGGCCGCCAAGCAGAUCUGCAAGGAGUUUGUGGACUUGAUGGCUCAGGACCGCUCACCGCUGGGCAAUAGCCACCCAGCACUCAUCCUGGAGCCUGGAGUGCAGAGUUGCCUGACACACUUUAGCCUCAUCACCCAUGGCUUCGGUGGGCCCGCCAUCUGUGCUGCCCUCACUGCCUUCCAGAACUACUUGCUGGAGUCACUCAAGGGGCUGGACAAGAUGUUUCUAAGUAGUGCAGGCAGUGGGCAUGGUGACACCAAGGCUUCAGAGAAGGAUGCCAAGCAUCGGAAAUAACCUUUUCCCCUGCCCCAUCCCUAAGGGGCUCCUGAGGCCUGAAAUGAGGUCUUAGCUCCUGGGAAUGGGCCUGAAAGGAUUAAAAGGUGGGGUUGGAGUCAGGCCAGAAAGAGAACAUUCACCAGAAACCCCUGAGUUUGGGGUCUAGGUUGGAGAAGAGGGGUGGCCUCUCUGUGGUGGUUUAUUGAUAAGGGCCCAGGCAUCUGCCUCAUGUGCAAUUUUCUGACCCUUGAUUGCCGAGAAGUUCUUGGACAGGAAAUUGGCACAGAAAAGCUUGGUUCUUGGGGCUGAGCCCUGCCCAUUAGGGUGCCUGGGUAGCAGCUGGGUGCUCCUAGGGGCCAAGGCCUUGCUGUUUUUACUGAUGGCAGGAAAGAAAUUGUUAACAAACCAGAGGUGCUACUGAGGAGUUGGUGCUUGUCAUCCCAGAAUCUCCUACCCCCAGAAAAGGGCUGCUGGCAGGAAGCCCCAGUGGGCUCUUUGGACCCCUCCCACUCUUGGAAAGAAGUGGAAGAGGGGCCCUCAAGGAACAAAGAUAAAGCACAAAUUGGAGAACUUGAAUCCAGGCUGCACUUCACAGUCCUGUUGCUGUCUGUCCUAUUUAUUUAUGUAUGUUGUAAUUAAAUGUGAAAGUUUAAAAAUGUCCAGUGCAACUUAUUUAACCCAAUAAGUUGAGGACUCUUGUUUCACUGUUUUCUGCUCACACACCCAGAUGUCCAGCCGGACCAGGAUGGAGCGGAGGGUGUUUUUGCUCACA